AUGCCUAUAAAAAAGUUCUCUUGGGUAGGAGAGUUCACACAGAAACGGAUGUUCGAUACAGACGUUCGAGUGCGAUUUGCUCCUUCACCAACUGGGAAAUUACAUUUAGGUGGUUUGCGCACUGCGCUAUACAAUUAUCUUUUCGCUAAGUCUCACGGUGGAAAGUUUUUACUUCGAGUUGAAGAUACCGAUCAACAAAGAGUCAUUGAAGGAGCACACCAAAAGUAUGAAAGAUUAUUGGACUAUUUCGGUUUAUACCGUGACGAAGGCCCAUCUGAAAGUGGGAAUUAUGGUCCAUAUAUGCAGUCACAGAGAGUUAGUAAAUAUGCGGAAGCUGUAUCUGAGCUGGUUGAAAGGGGAUUGGCAUACCCGUGUUUUUGCUCUCCUAUGAGGCUUGAGAUGCUUCGUAGAAACGCAGUGAGGAUGAAAGAAAUAUUUCGGUAUGAUAAUCACUGUCGCCAACUGCCAGCUGAGGAAGUGAAGUGUCGUCUGAGGAACAGGGAACCUCAUGUUGUUCGCUUCAAGAUGGAUAGGCACAGCACUUCUUUUACGGAUGAAGUCUUUGGACAAGUGUCACAGGUGGUCGAUGAAGGAGAUUUUGUGCUGUUGAAAUCUGAUGGUUUUCCAACUUAUCAUUUGGCAAAUGUAGUCGACGAUCAUUCAAUGAAAAUCAGUCACGUUGUAAGGGGGAUGGAGUGGAUUCCUUCGACUCCGAAACACAUCAAGCUUUACAGUGCGUUUGGUUGGCCAUUGCCAAAAUAUAUUCAUUUGCCACUGAUAACCAGGGAUGGGAAAAAAAAGCUGUCAAAGCGUGAUAAGGAUGCUUAUGUUGAAUACUACGUCGAAGAAAGGGGAUAUUUACCGAUUGCUGUGCUUAAUUUUUUAAUUCGUAAUGGCAGUGGCAUUAGAAAUUUUAAAAGUAACCACCUUUAUUCUAUCGAGGAGAUGGUUGAGAACUUUGAUGUAAAAUUCAUUGGGAGGAGGAACUUUAUGAUGGAUGAAGCGUCGCUGAAUAACUAUGGUUGCUUAGCAUUUGCGUCUUGUGAUGAAGGAGAAUUAUUUUCUCUUAUUUCUGACUUCAAAACAAAAUUUGAUCCUUUCAACGAGACCCGAUUGAAAGAUCGUCAGUACUUACAAAAAGUUUUACAUUUUGUGCGCGAUCGAGGGGAGAAAUUUGCCCAUUUAUCGGAUUUUACCGGUGAAGUGAUUGGUUACUUUUAUAACUCCCCAAGCUCUCCAGUAAAAAUCUUAGAGCGCUUUGAUGCUAACCUGGCAUCAAAACUUCUGAUUGAUUUGGUAAAUAUGAAUGAAUGGAACCUUGAGAAGUGGAAAGAGAUCGCUCAAAACAACAAUGUGGAUUCCUCGAAAUUUUUUCUUCUUUUUAGGUUGAGUGUAAGUGAUAGCUACAGCGGGCCUCCGUUAAAGGAUUUAGUGAGUUUUUUUGGCAAAGACGAGUGCGUAAGACGCCUUAAUUACGUUAUUAAAAUGCUUAGUAAUAAUUAG